CCAACAAAACAGAACACUCAAAACAAACUCAAAUCGCAUGAUCCCAAUUUUCCUCCAUUUUCCUACCAAUCUCAACCCCCGGAGAAGAUAAAUUCCCACAAGAAAACCAAUCUCUCUCUCUCUCGAUUCAUUUACGUUUUUCUCCGUUCGAAUCUCCCGUUUCGUUUAUCUUUUUCCACUUGCAGAAUUCCAAUCGAACUGCCAGUUACGGAAUUCAAAUCGAAUUCCCUUCCAGAUCCUCUCGCAAUCGCGGUUGUAAAUCCCGGCGCGUUCUCAGAUUUCCGGCGCAUCUUAGGGUUUCUCGACCUCGUUUCGUCUCUCUCGCAUGGUUAUUCCUGUUAUCAUGAAUUUCUUAAAGCACUGCAAAAUUGGAUUGUGAUUAGCAUGUCGAGCAAACAUCCCUUAACUGCAUCCAGCUGUGUUUGUUAUUGCACGAUCAGAAGACUGUGAGUUAUAAUGCCUCCACGCAGUGGAAAUGGUAGAAGAACGAAUGAAACAAUGAGGCUUAUCGUCACAACUUUUGCUGGUAUUGUUUUUGGCUUCUUUCUGGGAGCAUCUUUUCCAACCUUGUCAUUAACGAAGAUGAACUUACCAUCCAGCCUUUUCCCUUCCCUUGAUCUUGCAUACAUUGAGGACAAGUACUCAGGUCUCUCAACCCAAGCGCUCUUGAACAUCUGGUCUUCUCUGAGGCGGAACAAAGGCACCAGGAACCCUGGUAGUGCAAAGAUUUGGGUACCCACAAAUCCUGGAGGGGCUGAGAGGCUUGCCCCUGGCAUCAUUGAAUCUGAGUCAGAUUUCUAUCUCCACAGAUUGUGGGGUCUGCCUAAUGAGGACUUAGUUGUCAAACCAAAGUAUCUCAUGGCCUUCACUGUUGGUUAUGAUCAAAAGAAGAAUAUUGAUGCAGCAGUCAAAAAGUUAUCAGAGAACUUCACCAUUUUGCUGUUCCAUUAUGAUGGUCGAACAAGUGAGUGGGAUGAAUUUGAGUGGUCAAAGCGGGCUAUCCACAUAAGUGUACGGAGACAAACUAAAUGGUGGUAUGCCAAACGUUUUCUGCAUCCUAGCAUCGUGGCAACAUACGAUUAUAUUUUUAUUUGGGAUGAAGACCUUGGGGUCGAGAAUUUUGAUCCAGAGGAAUAUAUUAAACUGGUGAGGAAGCAUGGAUUGGAAAUUUCUCAGCCUGGUUUGGAGCCAAAUGGUGGUUUUACAUGGCAGAUGACCAAGAAGAGGGAUGACAGUGAAGUUCACAAAGAAACCGAAGAGAGACCCGGCUGGUGCACUGAUCCACACUUGCCACCAUGUGCAGCAUUUGUUGAAAUCAUGGCACCUGUAUUUUCUCGAGACGCAUGGCGCUGUGUUUGGCAUAUGAUUCAGAAUGACUUGGUCCACGGCUGGGGUCUUGAUUUUGCUCUUCGAAAAUGCGUGGAGCCAGCUCAUAAGAAGAUAGGAGUUGUAGAUGCACAGUGGAUUGUUCACCAGACGGUUCCUUCACUUGGGAACCAGGGUAAAGCGGAGAAUGGAAAGGCACCAUGGGAAGGGGUGAGGGAGAGGUGUAGAACAGAAUGGAAGAUGUUUCAAGAUAGAAUAAAUGCUGCGGAGAGGAUCUAUUUUGAGGCAAUGGGAAUCGAUCCACCAAAUUCCACAAUUGUUUGAUCUGCCAAAUUCCACAAUUGUUUCAUAGACAGACAACUAGGGAGACGGAGGCUUUGGAUUGUAGCUGCCAGUCUGUUUCCAGGGUCUUACAGUCACAGCGGUACAGAUCGAGGAAGUAGAGAAGAAAUGACCGAGGAAGUAGAGAAGAAAUGACUGCGCGACGAUGUAGCUUGUGCAGUCCAUUAGUAUUUAUUUUCUUCAGUUUUGAAGUUUCCUUUGGCAUUGUCUCCUUUUCAAGUACUUUUCCUCUUCUUUUUUUUGGAUCGGCAAAGUACUUUUGCUUGCUAGGAGUAAUUAACUGAAUCACAAUACUUUCGAAUGGAACCUUCUCCACUAUUUUUUGGAUAUUUAUUACACAAGAAUCAAGAUAGAUUUCACAGGACUUUGAAAGUA